ACCCUUUUUCUCCAAGAAAUACUUUUUUUUUACUACUUAAUCCAUUUUUAAAAUUUGACUAACUUUUUUCUUCAAUAUUCGAUAUCAAAAAAACCAUUUUUCUCCAAGAAAUAACCAUUUUUCUUCAAGAAAUCAUCCUUUCGUCUGCACAUUUAUUCAGUACUACAAUGGAAGGGGAAGCAUCAUCAUCUUCUUCGUCAUCACCAGAUGACUUUUCUGCCAUGCUCGAAAUACAUAUCAGAGAGCUUCAACAGGCCAAAAAUGGCGAUGCUCAGAAGAUUAUUCUUGAGAAGAUGAAGGCUGAUAUUGAGUCGUUCUUCCAAUUGGGAAAAUUGAGUUCUCCAAACGUUAAGCUCUUGAAUCCAGCUUAUAAAGCUUUGAAAUUUUAUUACCAAGAAUGCUUGAGUGAUUCUGAUUUGAAGAUUAAAUUAGCUGACAUGUUAUCAUUCUUGUCCACGAUUUCCUGCGAGGAUGAAGAAUACGAAUGCAUGCAUUUUAAGCUAUUGGGGUCAAGAACUAAUGAAUUUACUAAAUGGGGAACCAGGUAUCUGAAAAUUCUGGGAUUUCAAAUCAGACAAACAUUCCGAAAGUUUCAUGUAAUUGCCCAACAAGUUAAGGAGUAUUACCAAAACAGAAGGGGUAAAUCAAUUACCAAUCUCUUGUUCUUUAAGGGAAGUACAAUUCAAGAGCUUCAACUAAAGACUGUCAUCGUUCUUCAACAUGCAUCAGCAUUGUCCAAGAACUCAUUCCUAAUGUGCAAUUCUGUAAAAGAAUACAAAAUUAGUAUGUCUGCAUCUGAUGGAGCAGAGAUUAUGCGAUAUGACCCUCUAUUUCACGGUUAUAAGAUGAUGCCGAAAGUUAGGAGGGGUUUGGCUGUUUUCGAUGCUGAGGUUCGAGCUAAAAGGUUUCUUACAUCGCCCACCCAAACAAGGAUAUACAUCCUAAUUCAGCGAGAAAACGAAAAUUUCUUCAUCGUUAAAGAUGAUAUUUUAGAAGGGAUAAGAGCUCUCGAGGAUUGGCUGCACAAAUACUAUCAAGAUGAAGACAUCAAAAUCGCUUUUUUGGUAUUUGAUCAUGGUCAUAACCUUUACUACCUCAGAAACAAAUUCUGGGUAGCAAGGUUAAUCCAAGGGGAGGAUUGGUGGGAUGAGUGAUGGCAGCAGGAGGGAUGAAUGAUGGCAGCAGGCUGCUGAUGUGAAGUGGAUGUUUUGUAUAUUAGUCAUUCUCUGUGAUUCUUCAUUACUGAUCCCUUUUUGAACAAAUAUUACAGUUGAGUUUAAGAUACAAUGAUGAAUGCCCUAUCAAGCAGUUUGAUGUUUGUAUGUGCUGUGCACAAAGUAGAUGCUAUAGACUAGGUGAGUAUGUAGGUGAUUCGAUGAUUAAAACUCAUUAAAAGGAUCUUAUUCAUAUACAUAACAGAUGAUUAGUCCCUAUCAAAGUUGAAAUUUUCCUUUGGUUGAUGCUUAUACUGUUGUUGUAUGGUUAAUUAUAGAGCUUUAAUGUUUAUAGAUAAUUCUGCUCUUGGCUUUUGUGUAAAUAAACAAAGGACACGGAAUAUCAUUUAUUAAAUCAUUGUAUUGAUACCAUCGGGUGUAUGUACCACUAAUAAUAUGAUUUCCUCCAGUUCAUUUUGUUUGCCUAAGCUUUUUGGUUGGUUCACUUUUGUGCAGGUAAAAAUAUUGUUAGUAACAAUAUUAACACGGUGGUGGACUGUCCUACUGGUUUAUAUGCUAUUUAGUAACUACAUUGGUCUAUGGUUCGAUUCCCUACAACUGCGUUCCCUA